AUGUUCGGCGGUGAGGAUCCAUUUGCGAUGUUCGGUCACAUGCGCCGUCAAAUGCACAUGAUGGAUCAAAUGAUGGACUCAAUGAUGGAUCCAUUUGGAAUGAUGGGCGGUGGACAUCCACGAAUUUCACCCUUUUCCAUGAUCGACAACGGACAAUCAAGUCACCAAGUGCGCCCACGAAUGAUGCACCCACAUCAACUCGCGCACCCAUUCGGUGGUCUCGGCUUUGGCGGUCUCUUCGGAGCAAUGAAUCAAAUGCAACAUCAUGCGGCAAGCGACCCGCACUCUCACAUGUACAGCCACUCGACGGUGAUGACAUUUGGACCCGAUGGACAACAACGAGUCGUUGAGCACACCACCAGCAAAGCGGGAGAUGUUCGAGAGACAAGGAGACGUGUGCGUGACGGCGAGAAGGAUGAAAUGGCAAUUGGACACUCUAUCGGCGAUCGGACCCACAUAAUUGAAAAGAAGCGUGACAAGGACGGAAACGUUCGCUCUCAACAGAAGUUCAUCAAUUUGGGAGAAGAAGAAGCUAUGGAAUUCGACCGUGAAUAUCAAACGCGUGCAAGGAAUAAUGUCUACAGAUCAAAAACGGAUCCAGCUGCAAGAAAUGCUAUUGAGAAUGGAGCUCACCAUGGAUCUACUUCACGUUAUGGUCGUUAUAGUGACGGUGCUGGCAACUCUCGUGCUUCAGAUGUCGGUGCUUCUCGAACAAAUGCUCCAAUCGUCACACUUCCCGAAGAGGAAGACGACAUUCAGGAAAUUCCAAAUCCACAUGCUCCAACAAGUAGCACUUCACGUGGCAGCGGCGGCGGUGCUGGUCCAAUCAUUCGUGAGAUCAGCGAAGAGGAGGCCGAGUCGAGCGUGUCGAAGCGUCGAAAGAACAGCACUGGACGCUUCUACCCUGGUGACUAC